ACGUUGACGGAGUGUUGGUUUGUUAUUUUCGAAGCCCCUCUCACUCCUCCUUCGGCGCUCUCUAAAACCUCCGCUCGAUUCGCGCGCGGAGAACCACCGCGGUGUUUGCGCGUGAUCUACUUCAGGAACAUGGAGAUUGGACCUGGAGCUUCUGAAGCACUUUCAAGAAACUAUAGACUUGGAAAAACGCUUGGCCAUGGCUCAUUUGGAAAAGUUAAAAUUGCCGAACAUAUUCAAACAGGUCAUAAAGUGGCCAUUAAAGUCUUAAAUCGCCGGAGAAUGAGGAGCCCUGUUAUGGAGGAAAAAGUGAGAAGAGAGAUUAAAAUAUGUCGCUUGUUUGUGCAUCCACAUGUAAUACGUAUCUAUGAGGUUAUUGAAACACCAACCGAUAUAUAUGUUGUCAUGGAGUAUGUGACACGGGGAGAACUCUUUGAUUAUAUUGUUGAAAAGGGAAGGUUACAAGAGGAUGAAGCUAGGCGUUUUUUCCAGCAGAUUAUUGCAGGUGUUGAAUAUUGCCAUAGAAAUAUGGUUGUCCAUCGUGAUCUCAAGCCCGAAAACUUGCUUCUGGACUCAAAGGGGAAUGUGAAGAUAGCUGAUUUUGGUUUAAGCAACAUUAUGCGGGAUGGACAUUUUCUGAGGACAAGUUGUGGAAGCCCAAACUAUGCUGCUCCAGAGGUUGUGUCGGGAAAACUCUAUGCUGGUCCUGAGGUAGAUGUUUGGAGUUGUGGUGUUAUUUUAUAUGCUCUUCUGUGUGGCGCACUUCCUUUUGACGAUGAAAACAUUCCUAAUCUCUUCAAGAAAAUAAAGAGUGGAAUGUAUACACUCCCAAGUCAUUUGUCAUCGGGGGCUCGUGAUCUAAUUCCAAGAAUGUUGGUAGUCAACCCUAUGAAGCGGAUAACCGUCAAUGAGAUACGCCAGCAUCCUUGGUUCCGAGUAAAUCUUCCACGCUAUUUAGCUGUUACUGCACCUAAUGCCACAGAGCAUCUAAAAAAGCUGGAUGAUGAGAUUAUUCAAGAAGUUCUUCAUAUGGGAUACGACAAGAGCCUGCUGAUAGAGUCACUGCAGAAUAGAAUGCAAAACGACGCUACUGUGGCAUAUUAUCUAUUAUUUGAUAAACGGUCCCCAAUUUCAACAGGUUAUCUGGCUGCUGAAUUCCAGGAGUCCAUGGAGCAUGUUACGACGGGACCUUUCGUAGAUGCUAGCCUGCAUGGGCCUCCAAUGGACGGGACUGUGCUAUCCCCGACAAGAAAGAAGCAGUGGCUUGUUGGGCUUCAGUCUCCAGCACGUCCUCGGGAUAUAAUGAUCCAGAUUCUCGGUGCUUUGCAACGACUCAAUGUCAGGUGGAAAAGAGUCGGGCACUACAACUUGAAAUGUCUUUUCACUCACGGCGCUCCGGAUCAGGACGGUAAUCACAUGCACGACAGCCAUCAAAUGUGCAAUGGCGCUACCACAGAUGAUGCAAACGUGUUACGGCCGCAGGGUGUUGUUAAGUUCGAAUUGCAGCUUUAUAAAACGAGCGAGGUCGAGUAUCUGCUUGACUUACAGAGGCUUAGCGGACCAGUGUUCCUUUUCUUGGACUUCUGUGCUUUUUUCAUGAUGAAGCUUGGCGCGCCGUAGUAGUGUUGUGUUCCAUUGCCGCCUAAAAAGCGAGAUCGAAGCAGCAGCAACAGCAAGGUAAGAUCUUUUUAUGGUUUUGCUUCUUUUUGUUGUGUGUAUAUUAUAUAUAUAUAUGUAUACACUUUGCUUGUUUUGUACAUACUAUAUGUAUUACAAUAUAUAUAUAUGUGUGUAUAUGUUAUAUCUGGGCUUUUGUUAUGUAUGUAUGUAUUUUGCUUAUACUGUCGUAUUAUAUGUAUAGCAUAUUUACGUGUGUGUGUGUAUAUAUGUGGGCUUUUGUUAUAUAUGUGUACAUUUUGCUUGUCCUGUA